AUGUAUUGGUUUGUCAUAGAAGUGAAGAUACUAAAGCCUUAUGGCUUGAAAGUAGAUUAUGAUCCAAAUCUACAGAAUCAAAUGAAAGUUUAUCAUUUUUGGUCAAAAUAUGUGCAUGUGUUCUUAAAGAUGAAGAGAUUAGGAGAGACUGUCUCAUUACAGAAGGCUAUUAAUCAUUUAGUGAAGACAAAGUUUGAAGAGACAAGUCUUCUGAUGAAAUUGUUCUUAGUAAAAACAGAUGGACACUCCUUCCCUCCCAAUAGGCCUGUCCUUUAUCAAUUUUUGAAAUUCUUUUCACUCAAUAACAAAAGUAAAAAUGAGAAUGAAUAUGCUCUGAGAGCUUUGUUAGGAUUUGAAAAUGAGCAUGUUUCCUCUGAUACAUUGUAG